CCCCUCUCCUCGUUUCUUGCUUGCACGCGCGCGCCGUGAAUCGCCACAUCCCCAUAUCCGUACCUACCCCCACGCGUUUUCAUUCAACCAAUCCAAUCUCUUCCCGGCCCCCUCUGCUCUGCAAUCUCCCUCCCGUGAGGGAGGUGGUGGGGUUCCUGCUUUCCUGGAACAAGCAAAUCCUUGCUUGCCGGUUCGUCUCCCGACGAUGGUGGGAGACGAAAGCAAAAGAGAAAGCGCCGUCCUUUUUCCGCCCGCCGCCUCGCUUUCAAUUCCCCACCGCCCUCCCGUGCCUACUUUCGUUUUCCCUUUCUUUUUUUCUUCUCGCUUUUCCCCUUCUCCUACGCCUCUGCAAAUUGCCGAGUAAGGAAGCCGACACCACUUGGAGUUGCUGCCAACUACCGGGCUCGGCUGUCAAAUUCUCUAUCUGGCAGCCAGCCCGUGUCCAAUUCCAACUCCACCGGUGGUAAACCAUCGACAGCAGGAGCAGGGAGGGCAGGCUGCACAAGAAAAGAGCAUCAUUCCUGCUGAUCGGCUCGGCUCCACUCCACCCCGAAUAAAAUGGCUUCCUUCUCGGGACAUCUCCACCGCCCCCUGUCCGCCAUGGCCGUGGCCGCCUUCGCCGCCGUCUCCUCCCACGAGCUUCCCGACAAGCUGUCCCACCACAGGCUUCCUGAUGCCAGCACAGGCACGGACGCGCUCGCCUCGCUUCCAUUGACCAGGUCAGAUGUUCCCGCAGCGCCUUCGGCAUCUGCCCUUUCUGGCGCGCAGCUAUUGCCACGGGACCUCCACAGCUUGCGUCUGCUGAAGGCGCCCUUCGCGUCUGUGCCGGUCAUGCAGACGGUGUACCAGUACGCCAACUUUGCCAAAACCUCGGGACAGGCCGAUGCGAUGCCUGCAAUUCCUUCCUCGCCGUCCGAUGUGCUGUACCGCUGGCACCUGCCAGACCCCAGGGUCUAUGCCGACUUCCCUGACAAGUCUCAGACGGUCGUGGUCCUUCUUGGUUGGUUGGGCUCAAGGCAGAAGCACCUCAAGAGAUAUGCCGAUUGGUACACCUCCAGGGGCUUCCAUGUCGUCACUUUCACCCUCCCGAUGUCUGACAUUCUCAGUUAUAACCUUGGAGGGAAGGCUGAGAAGAACGUUGAGAUGCUAUCUGAACAUAUUGCUGACUGGGUCAGGGAGGAGAGUGGGAAGAAGAUUAUUUUCCACACCUUCAGUAAUACUGGUUGGCUUUGUUAUGGCGUAAUUCUGGAGAACUUGCAACAGCAUGAUCCUUCAGCAGUGGACAAAAUUAAAGCUUGUGUAGUAGACUCAGCACCUGUUGCUGCACCUGAUCCUCAGGUUUGGGCUUUGGGCUUCUCGGCUGCCCUCAUGAAAAAACGCAGUGUCACCACGAAGGGACUAGGUUCAGAUGAUUCAAGGUCUGAUGUCCUAGUUGUGGAGUCCAACAAGGAGCUCAAGCUGGGGGCAACAGAGGCGGUUAUACUGUCAGCGUUAGAGAGUUUCUUUGACGUUGUUUUGAACUAUCCAAAGAUCAAUAGGAGGUUGUGUGACGUGAUGGAGCUCUUGUCCUGGAAGCAACCCAAGUGCCCCCAAUUGUACAUAUACAGCUCCGCCGACAGGGUGAUCCCAGCGAAAUCAGUGGAGGCAUUCAUCGACGGCCAGCGGAAAGCCGGGCAUGAGGUGAGGGCCUGCGACUUCGUGUCAUCGCCCCAUGUGGACCAUUACCGGAGCAAUCCUGGGCUGUAUAGCUCUCAGCUGGCCAACUUCUUGGAGGAUUGUGUGCUUGCCAAGCGCUGUGAGGGUGCUUGCACAUCAUGAUUGUCUCUUUUAUUUGUUCCUGGUCUUGAAUUGGAAUGCACCAGGGACACUGACAUACGUGGGUUAUACAUGAUUUUGUUCUCUCCUUGUUUUAACGGUCUUUGUGGGUGACUUUUUUUUCCCCCUCUUGUAACUCUUGUCUUUGUGGUUGGAGUCUGGGCGCACAAUUGUAAAAACGUGUGAGGAGAAAUAACCAAAUGAAAGGAGAGGAAAUUCUUUUUUUUUUAUCCACUGAGACUGACUGAUAGCCUGAAUUACAUUUUGAUUAUGUUACUCGACCUGUAUGGAAUGAUGUGCACAGUGAA